ACAAAUUCUUUACCAACCAUAACCCUACAGCUAAUGGUACUACUACGACUCUAAUCCAAGGCUUCAUCACAGACACGUUCAAACAGAAUCUAAAAGCAAUCACAUUUACCGAAAACAAAAUGAAACCUAAUGCAGUCAAACUGCUUCAUAAAAUCUGCAAAACAAUACACAAUCAAAUAUGGAAAAAUCGCUGUAAGAUAACGACUCAAAAUACAAAUAAUGAUCAAACACAACAAACAAACAGCAACUCUACAAAAAAUACUAACCAACAAAAUACACAGACAAAUACAAACAACAAUAUACAACAGACAGCCCAGACUAAAUGGGAAAAAUGGACCAAACAAUACUACAUGUACAAUACAUCCCUAAUACAAUAUGCCAAAUGCAAUCUAAGUGAGAACUUGGUGUCUUCUCUUAGUAGAGCCUAG